ACGCAAGAUGAUGGUACAGCGUUCAUUGACAAUGCAUUCGAUUAUCCCUUGGCCCACUCUUUUGUGCUUUUCAAGCAAGUUGAAAACAAUGUAGCUGAAGUUUGGGAAUUCCAACAACUAUCAAAUGAAUCAUCAAAUUUAUUUUCAGGAUCAUGUGCGGUGUCUAAUGACGCUCAAUCUUCAUCGUAUACCGCUUCUAAAAAUUCAAUGCGGAAGAAAAAAGUUUAUGCAGAGACUAUUGGAAUUGCGCAUAAAGCAAUUAAUAUUGCUAUUGAAAAAAAUGACCCACAAGUUCUUAAGUUUUUGAAAGGAUAUAUUCUUCAAAAUGAACAUUCUCUUGUUGAGAACACAACCAUUGUAUGCUCCUCUAGUUCUAGGACAAGUAUACUGGAGGAACGUUCCGAACCUAAUACCAUUCUUGGGAAACCACAAGUUAAAGUUUCCAAUCCUAUAAAAAAGAAUCAAACGUCAAAAGUUCAAGGGAAACGACCUAAAUUGACACGUGGUCUUGGCACUAAUACAUGUGGCGAAUGUGGUGAUAAGGGUCAUAACCAUAGGUGGCAUGCCAAAUGCGAAAAUAAGGUCUGUGGUUCGACAAUUACGUGUGAAUUGUGUGGUGGGUGUGGUUAUAAUAAAAAGUUGCAUGAAAAUGAUUCCAUAGGGAUAAAUGAAUUAGAUUAUAGUAUUAAUGACGAAAAUGAAUGGGCAGACUCAAAUAGUUCAAAAUCAGAAGAAAUUGAGAUGGACAUUAA